AUGCAAAUUUGGUCUCAAGAACUUCAACAAACUCGGAAGUUCCAGCUUAUUGGACAUAAUAAUAAUAAUAAUAAUAAUAAUAAUAAUAAUAAUAAUAAUAAUAAUAAUAAUAAUAAUAAUAAUAAUAAUAAUAAUAAUAAUAAUAAUAAUAAUAAUAAUAAUAAUAAUAAUAAUAAUAAUAAUAAUAAUAAUAAUAAUAAUAAUAAUAAUAAUAAUAAUAAUAAUAAUAAUAAUAAUAAUAAUAAUAAUAAUAAUAAUAAUAAUAAUAAUAAUAAUAAUAAUAAUAAUAAUAAUAAUAAUAAUAAUAAUAAUAAUAAUAAUAAUAAUAAUAAUAAUAAUAAUAAUAAUAAUAAUAAUAAUAAUAAUAAUAAUAAUAAUAAUAAUAAUAAUAAUAAUAAUAAUAAUAAUAAUAAUAAUAAUAAUAAUAAUAAUAAUAAUAAUAAUAAUAAUAAUAAUAAUAAUAAUAAUAAUAAUAAUAAUAAUAAUAAUAAUAAUAAUAAUAAUAAUAAUAAUAAUAAUAAUAAUAAUAAUAAUAAUAAUAAUAAUAAUAAUAAUAAUAAUAAUAAUAAUAAUAAUAAU